AUGUCUACUAACGACGAUCCAUUUGCCCCGAGAGCCGGCUCGAUGGCUACUCCACCUGCCCGUGUGGACCGGACUUUCUUGCGUCAACUCCUUCGACGUUAUCCCCAGGGCAAGUUGUGGUCUCUGCACCGCGACGGAUUGAUCUCGACUUCCGAUGACGAUGACCAACGACCCCGGGAUAGUCCGACCUUCAAUACACUUCAGUCACCGCCGGGAGGUGCGCGGUCAGUCGACGCUACGAAACCCCUGGGUAAGAGGCGGAAGGCGGCGGAGAACUCCAUGCUCAAUCAAUACUUUCCCGGAGCUACGCAGAUCAUGUUCGUACCGCUGUGGAACGCUGUGAGUUCACAGUGGUUUGCGGGUUGUUUUUGUUGGACGACUGUCGAGACCCAGGUGUUCACUUCUGCUGUGGAAUUAAGUUCUGUCCUUGGGUUUGGAUCAUCCGUCAUGGCUGAGUACAGUCGGGUCGAGUCACUGAUCGCUGAUCGGCAGAAAGGGGAUUUCAUCGGCAGUAUUUCACAUGAGUUGCGCAGUCCAUUACAUGGCAUUCUGGCCGCGGCGGAAUUUUUGAACAGUACAAAUUUGGAUGAAUUUCAAGACUCCUUGUUGGAAACACUCUGUGCCUGUGGCAGGACUCUGCUCGAUACGAUGAACCAGGUACUCGAUUUCAGCAAGGUUGUGUCGCUCGAAAGAACAUGGCGCUCGAUGAAACGAAAGAAGGAAUCCCCACUAGACUUCAAAGGAACAGACAAAUUGGCCUCUCACCUUGACACAUACAUCGCGACGGAUCUUUCGAUCAUAGCCGAAGAGGUCGUGGAGGGUAUCACAUUAGGUCUUGCCUAUGGUCAAAAUUCUACUGCAGCGGCCGAUCUACCGGUUGUGUUAUCCCAGAACACACCCAAAGCUACGACAUCAAACAAGGUGGAAGUGGUGAUUGAUGUUGCUCAUCGCGAUUGGGUUUAUCGUACACAACCCGGCGCUUUGCGACGGAUCAUCAUGAACAUCUUCGGAAAUGCCAUGAAAUAUACCGAAGAAGGCCGGGUCACAUUGAGUCUGGAUGCUUCGAAUCAUUCUGAAGGUCGAUCUCGGAGACAGGGCCUAGAAGACCUGGUUACGUUGACAGUUACGGAUACUGGCCGGGGUAUCUCGGAAGAAUUCCUGCGCGACCGUCUUUAUACGCCUUUCGCUCAAGAAAAUUCGCUUGCGGUAGGCACAGGACUCGGUCUAUCUAUUGUUCGAAGUCUUGUGAAGGCAUUGAAUGGCAACAUUCGCAUCCGCAGUCGCCCUGGCGAAGGCACUAUGGUCCGCGUGUCUCUACCUCUCGCCCGCCCGGUCGGCGAAGAGGACCCACCCGUCGAACCAUAUGGCCAUCAGAUUCAACAAAGGGAGAUCUUAGCGAAAACCAUCUCUCUUCGUGAAAAAUAUGCCGGUAGACGAGCUGCAAUCUGGGGUGCAGACCCGGAUCACAUCGACCAAGACUCUACUUGGGCUGAGAUUGGGCGAUAUUUGAGAGAAUGGUUUGGCGUUCAACUCGUGCAAUGGCCGACUCACCUUCCGCUGGACAUGCUCAUCGUGGAGGAAUCUGAAUUGCCUGUUCUACGACACACUGGACUCUCAGCAUUAUUGCCAUCUCUCCUAAUAUUGGGCAGCAAAGCCGAGGAUUAUAGCAGGGCAAAGUCAGAGUGGCUAGGUCUGGCAUCUUCGAUCGACAUUGUUCGACGUCCCUGUGGUCCUCACAAACUAGCUCGGAGCGUCAUGAAGUGUUUCCAGAACUCCCGCUCAACUGUUGUCACUCCAUCAUCUGUCGUCCAUCAGAAUCCAAUGGAAAUGCCCUUGCGAACACCACCAAUUUCUUCAGCAAUCACCUCGCCGGUUGCCUUAGCAUUCGAGAACCCCUUCGAUACAAUCAUGUCUCCGAAAGAGGCCGUUCGUAGCCAGGCAGUUUCUCUUGCGGCCGCUACACCCGAUUCACCUUCUGUGCUCUUCUCUUCGCCUGAAGUCAUCGCGGCGGCUCCUGUCCCACCACCUUUCGGAGAGAACAACACGGGCUCCACAAAACUAGCGCGAGUCCUAGUCGUCGACGACAACCACAUCAACCUGAACCUCAUGAUGACAUUCAUGAAAAAACGCAAUCUUACCGAGCUCGCAUCAGCCGAGAACGGCAAAUUAGCCGUCGAAGCUGUCGAGCGCGUAUCCAGUGGCUUCGACAUUAUCUUCAUGGACAUUUCAAUGCCCGUCAUGAACGGCUUCGAAGCCACUCGCGCAAUCCGCGCAAUCGAACGAGAGCGAGAUGGCUGCGGGCCAGCUAUCAUCAUUGCUCUCACUGGACUGAGCAGUUCGCGAGAUGAGUCUGAGGCCCUGGCGUCUGGCGUGGAUAUGUUCCUGACCAAGCCUGUGUCAUUCAGAGAAGUUUCACGACUAUUACAUGAGUGGGAGAAGGAUGGGAUGAAGAGUUAA